CGAAAACUAAAAAGAUCCAACAAAAUCCAAACUUCUGCAAUUUUGGUGUCUGCUAUACAGAAUCCAAAUCCACCAUCUUCCGAUUGAAAACGCCUUCUCUUUCGAUCAUGGAUGUGUCGAAAGUCGUCAGCUUUUCCCGGAAUUUCGCCGUCUUGGUCAAAGUCGAAGGCCCUGAUCCAAAGGGAUUGAAGAUGAGGAAGCAUGCUUUUCAUCAAUACCAUUCUGGCAAUGCAACACUUUCAGCUUCUGGGAUCUUGUUUCCAAGAAAUAUCUUAAGUGGUGGUGAGGUCACGGCUAAGGUUCUGUUUGAAGCUGGUCAGGAGAUGGCCCUGGUUUUGACCGUUGCAUCUGUUGUAGAGCCAUUCUUAACAUUAGGUCACAGAACUAGUAGUAGUAUCUCUCAGGAUCCGGUGAAGCUUAUUCCGGGUGCUCGGAUUGAGAUUAUGGUGGAGGGUCAGCUAAAGUCAGGAGAGGAAGCUCCUUUUUGGGUUCCUGCGCAACUUCUUUCUCUGGUUGAUGUCCCUGUAUCUUCUGCUGCACUCCAAUCUCUUAUUGAAGCUUCUUCCGGUUCGAAAGAUUCUGGAUGGGAUGUUGGUUGGUCUUUGGUUUCUGCUGCUAAUGGUUCUCAGCCUUCAACCAAGAUUGAACAUUACAGCAAGCCCUUGAUGCAACUUGAUGAGCCACUCAAUGCUAACUUCAUGGCCAAGUCUGCCACUCGAAUGGCUCUUCUAGGAGUCCCCUUAAGUUUACUGGGUCAGCCAAACAUGAAAUUUGCUUCAUCAAGUAGCAAGGGUGAUACACUUGUAGCACUAGGUUCUCCUUUUGGAAUCCUUUCACCUGUUAACUUUUUUAACAGUGUAUCAACUGGUUCCAUUGCGAAUUGCUAUCCUUCUGGAUCCCUAAAGAAGUCACUGAUGAUAGCUGAUGUUCGAUGUCUCCCUGGAAUGGAAGGGGCCCCGGUGUUUGAUAAGAAUGGGCACUUAAUUGGCAUUUUGAUUAGACCACUAAGGCAAAAGAAUAGCGGCGUUGAAAUUCAGCUGGUGGUUCCAUGGGGAGCAAUCACAACUGCGUGCAGCCACUUGCUGCUUGAGGAACCAUCUGAAGCAGGAAAAGCAAGUAAGUGGGGGAGUGAAGCACUAAAUGUUAAAUCAGAUACUAGUAUUCCUGCACAAGUGGCUAUUGAGAAGGCGAUGGAAUCAGUUUGUCUUAUUACGGUCAAUGAUGGUGUUUGGGCAUCUGGUAUUAUUCUUAACGAACAUGGUCUCAUACUAACAAAUGCUCACCUGCUUGAGCCGUGGAGGUAUGGAAAAGGUGGUGUAUAUGGUGAAGGAAACGAUGCUGGUUUAAAACCCUAUGUCUUAGGAGCCGAUGAGUUUUCUUCCACGGGAGGUAAAGUUUGGGAACAGAAGAGUCAAACAUUGCCACGGAAAGCUCCAGCAAAUCUCUAUUCGGCUGUUGGAGAGAACAUUAGGGAAUACAAACACAAUUUCCUUCAGACUGGGCAUAGAGACAUACGUGUACGAUUGUGUCACCUAGAUUCUUGGACUUGGUGUACGGCAAAUGUGGUCUAUAUUUGCAAGGAACAAUUAGAUAUUGCUUUACUGCAGCUAGAAUAUGUCCCUGGAAAGCUCCAACCUAUUGCUGCCAAUUUUUCUUCUCCUCCUUUGGGUACAACAGCGCAUGUUGUUGGACAUGGACUCUUCGGACCAAGAUGUGGGCUUUCUCCUUCUAUUUGUUCUGGAGUUGUAGCAAAGGUAGUUCACGUGAAGAGGAGAUUGAAUACGCAAUCCAUUUCGCAAGAAGUCGCAGAGUUCCCCGCUAUGCUCGAAACAACAGCUGCUGUGCAUCCUGGUGGUAGUGGUGGUGCUGUUCUCAAUUCAAGUGGCCAUAUGAUUGGACUUGUUACCAGGCUUCUGUUGUUCCAAAGAGAAAACGUCUUUUUCUGUAUCUGCAGCAACGCAAGACAUGGAGCGGGGACUCUUAUACCGCAUCUCAACUUCAGCAUCCCAUGUGCAGUCUUGGCACCAAUCUUCAAGUUUGCAGAAGAUAUGCAAAACAUGGAGAUCCUUCAAACACUUGAUCAACCAAGCGAAGAACUCUUAUCCAUUUGGGCUUUGAUGCCAUCACUAUCACCAAAGACUGAGCAGUCUCUACCCAAUCUGCCUAAGUUACUCAAAGAUGGUAAUAACAAACAAAAGAAAGGAUCUCAGUUUGCCAAGUUCAUUGCAGAGACCCAAGACAUGUUUGUAAAGCCGACCAAGCUUUCCCGUGAUGUGAUCCCUAGCAAGUUAUGACAAGAUUAGCUUUUUUGCAGAGUGUGCGCCUUCUUUUCCCCCUUUUGCUGGAGUGGCAACUUUAACUUUUGUAUAGAUAGAGAGAUUACAAUGUGUUGCUGCUGUUUCUGGAUUCUUCUGCUUGUAACAUAUGUAAAACCUUAUACAGUAGUAUGUUGGCAACUGUUUAUCAGUCUUCAAACUGUGAUUCUGUGUUUCUUUAAUAGCUUUUUAGCUC